CGCCGGCCCUCCCGGCUGCGAGGCGCGCCCACAUAAAAGGUGCGGAUAGCAGGGGCCAGGAACGACCGCCGACUUCGGCGCGACGAGGAUGGAGUGACCGGCGCGGCCGUGGCCACGCAGACCCUGCUCGACGCCCGUCGCCCGCUAGCACAGCGGAGCCGAGGCCCGCACGGCCGCUCCGGAAAAGCGCGCGCGACGCGGGAAGCCGCCAUGGACCGCGACGGCCCCGCGAACAAUCCUUUGAGCGCCGAGCCCGCGCCCGCCCCUGCCGCCCGCGACUCGAGUCCCGGCCGGGCUGGACUGGGGCAAGCGGGCCCGGGCGGCGGCUCACGUUCCGGGGGCGGGCGACCGGCGGCAGCCAACGCGGCGCGGGAGCGCAGCCGCGUGCAGACCCUACGGCACGCUUUCCUGGAGCUGCAGCGCACGCUGCCGUCGGUGCCGCCCGACACCAAACUCUCCAAGCUGGACGUGCUGCUGCUGGCCACCACCUACAUCGCGCACCUCACCCGCAGCCUGCAGGACGACGCCGAGGCGCCCAAGGAGCCCGGGCUGGGUGCCCUGCGCGGCGACGGCUACCUGCACCCGGUCAAGAAAUGGCCCAUGCGAUCAAGAUUAUACAUUGGUGCUACAGGUCAGUUUCUGAAGCAUUCUGUCUCUGGUGAAAAAGCAAAUCACGGCAAUGCUUCAGCAGACUCACAGCCUUAGGCUUUCCCCUGGCGAGGGCUGGCAAAGUCAUAGUUAUUGUUUUUAAAUAGUACGAAGUGAGUCUAUAUUUAUUAUAUCAGACAUAACAGACAUCAUUUCUGAGAGUUAUAUAUGAAUGCAUAGUUGGAUAGUCACAUUUAUCCAUCCAAUCUAAAUAUAUAUGGGAUGAAAUAAGCAGUCUUGUAUAAAACAUAUAGCUUAUCUUGUCAGUGUGAGAAAUAGUGCUAUAUAGUGCAAGAGAAACUAUUGAAAAAAAGAAAAAAGAUAAGCAAAAGUAAACUGGAAGGAGGAGCUAAGAUAGUGGCAUAGAGAGGAGUGGAAGACUGUUAGUCCCCCCCAGAACAAUUCAUAAAUGACCAAAAAACUAGUGAAUAACCUGGAAUAACUGUGGGAA